CUUCAUCAUUUGGACUGGGAAGGAAAUAUCGUCUCCGCAUUUUCAAUCCCAUCUCAACCCUCUGAAUAUUCUGCAUUUCUCCAGACGUAGAGGAAAUAUCUCCUCAUCCGCUUCGCCGAAUAGUUGCGUUUUUCUUCAGUAAAUCAAUUUGAUUCCAGAUGGCAGAGUCAAAGAAGGAAACUCUAGCUGUUAAUCCAAAAAAGAAAAGUUUGCUGCUCGAUGAUGAAAUUGGAAAGGAUUUCCUUAGCUCCUGGAAAUCAAUGUCUGUGACAGAAGAUAGUGCUAUGGAUUUUAGCUUUGACGAGAUCCCAAUGGGCAAGAAAAAGCCAUUUAACUUUGAAAAGCUGGAUAUGGAUUUUAAUCUGGAUGGUGAUCUUGAUAAGUUAUCAUCAUUCAAAAUAGACUUGCCAGACCUUGAUUUCUCAAGCCCCUCUGCAAAGUCUGAGGAGAAAUCUAAAGAAGAAACUUCUAGUGGAAACAACCAAGGAAAAAAGCAACAUUUUGCCUUCUCUUUUGAUUUUAAUGAAUUGGAUGAUUUCAAUUUUAGUUCAAGUUUAAUGGGACGAGAGAAGGCUUGCAAGAAGAGGGUAGAUAGUGAAACAGUUACUUUAGAUGGGACUAAUUCUGAAGGUUCCAAAAUCAGCCCAGCAUUCAAGGAUAAUAGCAUAACUGCUAAAUUUCUAGCACCAGAGGAUGCUGCAAAUUCAAAGGUUAAGAUGGAUGAACUGGAGGAUUCAGCCAAUAUGAAGGUUAAGAUGGCAGAUGUUGGUCCUGGGGCUCAAAAUUCCGCAGAUGAAGCCUGUCUUUCAAAAACUGCAGCAUCUGUAAACUUUGUUGAAUCACACGAAUCAAGAAUUUCACCAGAGAAAAUAGUAUCUGCCAAUGUCAAAGAAACUGAUCAGUCAAUUACUGUGCCAGAUAGGAGUCCCAGGACAGUUUCUUCUCAACCAUGCAAUCAGCAUUCUGUACAGAAUUCACCUAUCAGUUCUGUUCCAGAGAAAAUUUUGACUAGGGACCAUAUCUCUGAUAAGCAGGCAGAAGUUUAUUCCCUGGGCACAAAAUCAAAUGCCAUUUCAGCUGAAGAGCAAAAUGUUCAUGAGAAAACAAUGGCUGUUUCAGGAUCAAAUCAAGCAAAAGUGCAACAGCAGAGUUCAUCUCAAGUAUCAUAUACUGGUAAAGGUCAAAAGGAAGGUGGAGAUAUCAAUAUGCCAUCAGAAAUAAAGGAUGGUGCAGCAUCAGGACAAGGUAAUGUUGAUCUCAAAAAUAUUUCUGCUGGAAGCCCAUCAACUGAAAUAAUGCAUGAUAGCGGAGCCAAUAAGAACGUCCAGAAUUCAACUCCUAAACAUUGUUCAGUCCUGUUGGACAGAUGCAGUGAACUGGCAGUCAAUAAGCUAAAAGCAAAAAAAGACACAGACGCUGGAGCUAUUCGCUCAAGAUUUUUCACAAGAUCAGAGGAAACUGACUCUCAAUCACAUCAACCAUUGCCAACUGGAGAAAAGGUUUUCUCAUUUAGCAGCAGAAGGGUUAGUGCCAUGCAAGUAUGUCCUGCUAAUGAAAAAAGGGAGGAUGUGAAUGCCACUGAAGCACAAACGGAAAGAAAAUUGCUCGGAAAUUCAAAAUCAAUUUCCAGAGGAUUAGCUAUAGAUAGGCCUGCAUUGCCGGAGAGUAAAAACAAGGUUAAUGGAGACACCAGGGAAGGUCUGAGUGAUGAUGCUUUGGAAAAUGAAAGGCUUUGUAGUUCAAGGCUGCAAGAUAAAUUAGUACCAAAAGGAGAAGCUGUCUUGAUGAGAAGUGAAAGGAACGCUAGGUUUCAAGCUAAUCCUUCCAGCUCCAGGGAGAAGGAAACUGGCUCCAGUAUUCUGACAAGUCUAAAUCUUGUACCUCCUGUUCUAAAAGUAGAAGAAUCUGUUAGGAACUCAAAGGUUGUUUCUGAAGGGCUAAAAGCUGCCAAGAGGACACCUGAUCUCUCUAGCUUGAAAAUUUCGAGAAAUAGGACAGGGGGAGCAAACAAAGUUCCAUCAAAUGUUACACUUCCUAGGGACACUAACUCCUCGAUAAGCACAGAUGAAAGCAGGGAACUGCCAGCAAAAACGACAACUAAGAUUACCCAUCCUGGCACUGUUGGCAACAUCGAGAAACAAACACCUCUAAUCCCAUCCUUGAAGCGCAAAACAUUUGAGGAAUCAAAUGUAGGCUUAAUGCCCUUGAAAACCCUAAAAGGACCUUGUGAAUCACCAAGUGGAAGCAGAAAUUUUAGAGAAUCCUCUCAAAUGGUAGCUGAGAAAGAGGUUUUCAAUCACGUGAAUCCUGUAGAGGUUGUGACCACAACAAAUAUUCUCAAUGACUAUCAAAUGCCUGGAUCAGAAGUUCCUCACGAGGUAAAUAUGGCUGAACUGGAAAUUGCUUCAGUAAAAGAGGACAAUGGGAAUGUGGAAAAGGCUGAAGCAUAUACAAAAGAGCUUGAGAAUAUAUGUAACAUUCUGAAAAAGAAACAUGAUGAAGCCAAAGAAUUAUUAGUUCGUGCUGUAGUUAAUAACAACAACUUACUGAUGCUUAAUCAUCCCAUCUUCGAAGAGAAGAUAUCCUUCCACUUGUCUUUGUUAUAACUCUUUCUUUAUCACUACAAAUUUCUUUGUUUCUUUUUUUCUUUGCUCUGAAAUAAAGUGGCUUAUUCCUUAGCUUUUUUGAGGCCAUAUUCCUCGACAAUUGAAAACAUCCGUGUGGUUCAGAAAUUUGCUGCCCUAUUGAUAUCCAAGGAACUUCCUACAUGACAUAAUGAUCAGAACAAAAGCUACCAUGUAAGGAUCAUGGGAUCUUUCAACCUGUGUAGUUUACCUCUCGGCUUUCUUCGUGGAUGUACUCUCUUUUUAAAUUUUUUGCUAACUCAUUGCAACUUCUACUCGAGACACAGAUCUUUCAUGAACUGGUAAAAUCUUGGUAGACUCUUGAUAUACGGCUAUAGUUAACAUUGU